CUGUGACAAUUUAGCCGCAAGUGUGGUAAUAUAAUGAAUGUGGCCUCCCUAUGGAAUAUUGGUACGGGCCGAAUCCUCUGAACUCGCUAUACGUGCAACCAGUAGGCUACUCAAGAUAUCAAACAGCUUCAAUGUAUCUUAUCAGUUUUGAUACAUUGUAUCGGUUCCCUGAAGUGGUCUUAUAAGGGUGUUUUUAUUAGAUUGUCCUUUUUCUCUCUACAUAUUUUCCAUUGGAACAUGCUGCGUGUGAGAUCAGCAUUCUACCAGUCUUGGAAGGGCUUCAGGACCUUCCCCUGUGCGGCUGUUGAGGUGAAGAAUGAGCCCAUCCUGGGAUUCAACGAGGGCAGUCCAGAGAGGGCCGAGCUGCAGAAGGCCCUGGAUGACCUGAAGGGGAAGACAGAGGAGAUUCCCUGUGUAGUUGGAGAUGAACAUGUGUGGACCAAAGACAUCAGAUACCAGCUAUCCCCCUUCAACCACUCUCACAAACUGGCCAAGUUUUGCUAUGCUGACAAGGAGCUGCUCAACAAGGCGAUCUUGGCCUCUGUGGCGGCGAGGAGAGAAUGGGACCUGAAACCCAUCCAGGACCGAGCCCAGGUCCUCUUUAAGGCUGCUGACAUCAUCAGUGGACCUAAGAGAGCUGAGAUUCUGGCCAAGACCAUGAUCGGCCAGGGUAAAACAGUGGUGCAGGCAGAGAUUGAUGCAGCUGCAGAGCUAAUAGACUUCUUCCGGUUCAAUGCGAAGCACGCUGUUGAACUGGAGAGCCAGCAGCCCCUGGACAGUGACGGUAGCACCAACACCAUGCUCUACCGUGGGCUGGAGGGUUUCAUAGCUGCUGUUGCCCCAUUUAACUUCACUGCAAUUGGUGGAAACCUGGCAGGUACACCUGCUCUCAUGGGUAAUGUAGUUCUGUGGAAGCCUAGUGACACAGCCAUGUCAGCUAGCUACGCCGUCUACAAUGUCCUCCGGGAUUCAGGGUUGCCCCCCAACAUCAUCCAGUUUGUGCCGGCUGAUGGACCAGUAUUUGGAGACACCAUCACCUCCUCUGAACACCUUGCUGGCAUCAACUUCACUGGCAGUGUCCCUACCUUCAAGCGCCUGUGGAAACAGGUGGCCCAGAACCUGGAUGUCUACAAGAAUUUUCCUCGGGUGGCAGGAGAAUGCGGUGGUAAGAACUUCCAUUUUGUGCACAAGUCAGCAGAUGUACAGAGUGUCGUGACAGGGACCAUCCGCUCAGCGUUUGAGUACGGAGGGCAGAAGUGCUCGGCCUGCUCCAGGAUGUAUGUACCAGACUCUCUGUGGCCCCAGAUCAAACAGGGGCUCCUGGACAUCCACAAGCAGCUCAAAGUGGGAGACCCCGUGGAGGACUGGAGUACAUUCUUCUCUGCUGUGAUUGAUGACAAGUCCUUUGCUCGUAUUAAGAAGUGGUUGGACCAUGCCAAGUCUUCCCCUAAGUUGAACGUUAUUGCUGGGGGCCACUGUAAUGACAAGAAGGGUUACUUUGUGGAGCCCACCAUCAUUGAGAGCACAGACCCACAAGAAGCCAUCAUGGCCGAGGAAAUCUUUGGGCCAGUUCUGUCUGUCUAUGUUUACCCUGAGAAUGACUACCUGGAAGUUCUGCACCUGAUAGACAACACAUCACCAUAUGCCCUGACAGGAGCUGUCUUUGCUCUUGAUAAGAAUGUUGUGAAUGAGGCAGCCAAAGCCUUGCGGAACGCUGCAGGAAAUUACUAUGUUAAUGACAAGUCCACUGGCUCUAUUGUCGCCCAGCAACCAUUUGGUGGCGCCAGAGCUUCAGGUACUAAUGACAAACCUGGUGGUCCUCACUACGUACUCAGAUGGACGUCCCCACAGGUGGUCAAGGCCACCCACGUCCCGCUCCGAGAAUGGAAGUACCCCUAUAUGGGUUAAAAAGACAGUACUCUACCCCUUCCUCCCCUACCUAGGCCUCCCUCACCCAAUCCUAGUUCUGUAGAGGAAUCUGUAGGUGUUUUCUCCAGUCGACACGGACAAUCAAAUGAAGAGAACAAUGCUCUCCUUACUCAUCCAAGUUUUGUCCCUUUUUGCCCUUAUAAGUAUGCACUGAAUCUAUACACAAGUACGAAUGUAAUUAUUAGCUGUUCUAAAUUGAAAGGGGGAGCAACAGUGCCCCUCUGGCACUUCAUGAGAUCAGCAGGAGCUGCAGCUGACCCAGCCAAGCUGCCUGCUAGCUGUACAGAAGAAUGACAAUAUGACAAUACGUCCCGUGGAUCCACAGACAUAGUAAAACUGUGUGGUCUACCAUGGAUUCCACAGACUUGUAGUAAUCAGUCAUCUGUUUUUUUAAUCAAAUGGCUGCUAUGUGCUUCUGAGCCUCUGUUUUACCAUCUCAGUACUGACUGGUCCUGAGAUGUAGGCUACUCACUGUUAGGUUGUCUCCGCCUGUUCUGUCCUGAGGAAAGUAUUCAAAGAGUUGUUAAGCAUCAAAUACUUUACGAAACUGACUCUGUAUUAUAAAAAUUAACUGACCGUCUCAUCUUAACAUUUUUUGACAAAAACAAUAACACUGAGUUUCGACCAUGAAUAUUUCAUGACAGCUAAAGUUCAAGUAUCAAAAUGUUUAUAAUUUUAAGUGUUUGUGAUGGCAAAAAGAGGGGAAAAUGGUUAUCUUCUUUUUUUGGUGCUAAGAAAGUCCUUAACCUAAACUCAGUUCCUUGCUGUGUACACUUGAACUAUGGCUGGUCCUACAGGAUGUGGCUAUGAUCACAUGUAUUUAUAAAGCCCUCAGCAUAUGUCACAAAGUGCUUAUACAGAAACCCAGCCUAAAACCCCAAAGAGCAAGCAAUACAGAUAUAAAGUACAGUAGCUAGGAAAAACUCCCUAGAAAGGCAGGAGCCUAGGAAGAAACCUAGAGAGGAACCAGGCGCUGAGGGGUGGCCACUCUUCUGGCUGUUCUGGGUGGAGAUUUAUAAUAGUACAUGGCCAGAUCGUUCUUGAAUAUGUUCAAACGAGAGGGUCGAAAACAGCAUGUCCUGGACAAGGUAGCACGUCCGUUGAACCGGUCACGGUUCCAUUGCCGCAUGCAAACAGCAGAAACUGGAUCAGCAGCACGACCAGUUGGACUAGGACAGCCAGGAGUCGUCAUGCCAGGUAGUCCUGAGGCAUGGGCCUCUGGGUGGGGGGAGAGAAAGAGAGACAUUGAGACUGCGCAUGACAGCUUGGUCUCAUAGACUAAACGUAACAUACUAAAAGUACAUCCGGGACACUCAAAUUAGUAUGAUAUUUUAUGUUUGCUAUGGUUACGUGAGGAAAAUACCAAAAGUAGGGUGGUUGGUCAGGCAUAUAAUGUAAAUGUCUAGCAAUCCAAAGGUUGCGAGUUCGAAUCUCAUCACAGACAACUUUCGCAUUUUACUUUUAAACUACUUACAACUUUUUAUAACUUUUGCAACUACUAGCAUGUUACGUAACCCUUGACCCUUUUUAGCUAACCCUAACCCUUUAACAGAACUCCUAAACUUAACCCUAACCCCUAUCCUAGCAACAUUAGCUACCUAGCUAGAAUUUGUAACAUUAUACGUUUUGAAAAUUCAUAACAUAUUGUACGUUUUGCAAAUUCGUUACAUAAUCAUACAAAAUGGGUGAUGGACAUCCACAAAUUAAUACAUACCAUACGAAACGUAACAUACUAACUGGAGUGUCUUGGAUUUCCGUUAAGGAUAUUACAAAAUGCUCUGAGACCCGGUUGAGCAUGAGGGUGCUGUUACCUUUUUACUUAAACCCCACUUUGCCAUCUAAUCAUGUUUACCUCAGCAACCGCGCACACUUACUGUUCUUUUCCAAUUGUGGAAUAUUUUACUGAGCAUUUGCAAAAAUAUAUGUAAGUGUUAAUUGCUUCAACUUCAUGUAAUUGCUCAGUCUCAAUCGGAAUUUCAUGCCAUCUUUAUCGUUUUGAAAACAAUUUCAGGGGGAUAUAUUUUGAUACAAUGUAUUUUGUAUUUUUAAUAUUUUUCUGUUAAAUGCUAAUAUAAAUGAUUUGUCUUCGAUUGUGCCUGUAUUGGUAAUAAUAGAGAUUGACCUUUAUUAAAUUUGUAAGAAUGGUCAUUAAAUUAUUUCAGAAAGUAUAUUAACCUUUUGUGUUUAAUGUCAUAUUUUUGUUUCUGAAUGUGGCUUGCUUUAAUCCAUACUCUGUUGUUAUUGUGACAGCUGAUGGUGUUUCUCCAGUUUCUAACCCCUUCUAAAUAUUGUAAGGUUGAGCUACAUACUUCUUGUACAAUUGGUUUCUUCUGCAUCCAUCGAUACCAACCAUUAAUCUGUGUGAUUAACAGGGGCUGAGCUAGGGCGGUGUUUGUGAGACUAGGGCGCAUCCCGAAGGUGGCUGGGUCUUUUUACAAAAAUGUCUGUAGAGUCCUAAUAGUUUGAGCUACAAACUCUUAUAAGGGAUCUAUGAAAAGUUGGGACUCUAACAAACACACACAUGUGACAUAUGUUUUCCUCUAUGACGCUCACAAGCUACACAAGGGUCAUUAGAAGGUAAGGGUCUCUUCUACAUAGAUCAUUGGAAAUCCCAGGACAUAGUGUCUAUAAUACCGUAAUAAGCUCACAUUGUUGCUGUCACAAACACCAAACUCCACACAGUUGUCACUGACUAGUUCAAUAGUAAUUUCCCACUGAGAAAACAAUUUCUGUACUUACAGCAUUCAUAUAAAUUCAUUUUUCUGGUUUUGCUUUGGUGGACAUAAAAAAAACAUUUGUCAAAACUCAUGAAUGCAACUAAUUUAUCAAUUUGUUUUGUGUUCAACUUGUAACCCUGGUUGUCCUGAAAAUAAGAUUGGUCAAACACUUCAUUGUGAGGCUAAAUAUAAGGGCUGGACAUGCAGAUAAAUGAAAAAACAAGUUUUGCUGGGGUCUCGGGACUGAUAGGGUUAACCAAUUUGACAAGAGAGUUAAAAUGUGUACCUGCCCAGAGUGAACUGGGAUUGCUGUCCUACACUGAGGUGUCAAAGUACAAAGCCAAGGUAUUUACUUCCUGUCAGGAUGUUUGAGUAUGUGCUAGCAUCUCUACCUCAUCCCUCACGCUGUGAUGUGUUUAUAGUGCCACACUCCUGUCACAUCAAAGUCAGAUGGGAGGAGACAUCCUUACCGUGCCUUUGGCACACUCCCAUCCUUCAAACUGUUGGAAGUUAGUGCUGUAUGUGUAGACACGGGAAAGAGCACUGCCUGGCAGCACAGGAAGUUGGUGGCACCUUAAUUGGGGAGGACAGGCUCAUGAUAAUGGCUGGACCAGAAUUAGUGGAAUGCCAUUCCAUUCGCUCCGAUCCAGCCAUUAUUAUGAGCCGUUCUACCCUCAGCAGCCUCCACUACCUGACAGACACCAAAUGUCUGGAUAUAUAGGCUCAAAGAACCUGCUGUGUAUUUUUUUUAUACUCAACUUUCUCAUUGCAACUUUUUCCACUGUUAUGAAUCCUAAUGGAAUCAUACAACCAGAGCCAAUGUGCAGGCAGGAAUAGGCAAUGGUGCUCAUUAACUAAAGGGAAAUUGAAAGAAACAUAUCUAGACAAACUAAAUAUUCAAACUGGUCACUGGCAAAUUUGUAACUCAUUAGUUGAACAUUUCUAAACCAUCUGUAGGGGGAAUACAAAUUACGUGUUACUAUUCCUAUUGAAAGAAGUCUGAAGAAUAAUUGUCAUUUUGUGAGUAUAUUUUGUCAUGUCAAAAUAUUUAGCACAGGUCCUGGGUACUUUAUAGUGUCAUUACAAAGCUAUGCCAAGUAUUCUAGGGACUGAUCUCAUGGUGAUACAUACUGCAGUGGAAUGCUUUUUUAUGCAGAUUUAUGGAAUAACAUGUCUGUUGUGCAGCACAAUUGGGAGAGCUCCAUGUGGGAUGCUUCAAAUAAACCCCCAUCAUGCUUUGAAUGAUAUGAUGUCCAUUGUUCCCUGUAAUACAUAGAUGUACCUUCACUGGUCAUAUUCAAUUGUUAAUGGUGUUGUUGUAGCCUAAAUUUCUGGCUAAUGCCAUAUUCACAUGUAAGAUUUAAUCUGAUUUCUUUUUUGUUUGCCAUCCAGCUUUAUACCAGCAAUAAAACGCAAUGUGUUGGAUUGAGAA